AUGGCAGGUGCAUUGAGCGGUCACCUCGUUGAAUUAUACCUCACCUUAAAUCGUUCAACUGGUCCAUUCGGUAUCCCAUUAUCCCACGUUGGUCCGAGCACCAAUUCCAACGAACCAAAUUUAAGCAUUUCAGGAGCUAUGUCCUUUGAUAAGAACAUGCACGGAACCUCUCAUAAUCGCUCACAACCCAUACCUGGAUUUCUCCACGAUGAAUCGUCCUUUAUAGACAUGUCAGAAGCGACCGCUGUUAAGAUUGCUGCUUUGCAAGCCAAACUCAACCAAAGGCUAGGUCCUGAAUAUAUCUCUACACGACCUGGUCCUGGAGGAGGUCCUAAAUUGAUUUAUGCUGAGGGUUGGAAGGUGAUAAACCUGGCAAACGAGGUGUUUGGGUUUAACGGCUGGAGUUCAAGUAUAACCAGUAUCGCGACAGAUUUUAUUGAUUGCAACGAGGAGACGAAGAGGUUUAAUGUGGGUGUGACUGCAAUUGUCCGGGUAACACUGAGAGAUGGUGUGUAUCAUGAGGAUGUCGGGUAUGGGUUGUUGGAGAAUUCGAAGAGUAAAGGGGCCGCGCUUGAUAAGUGUCGAAAAGAAGCAGUAACGGAUGGGUUAAAGCGCGCUCUUCGAAACUUUGGAAACCUACUUGGAAAUUGUUUGUAUGACAAGAGUUAUACCCAGGAAGUGGUGAAGAUAAAAGUUACACCUCCUAAAUUCGACCCAGACCAGCUUCACAGACGACCUGAAUUCAUGGAGAAGAAACCCAUUGUUCCGCCUUCUCCUGCCACCACUACAACUUCAGCUUCGAUGUCUAUCUCUGCACAACCAUUCAAUGCUAAUACCCAUACUCGGAAAUACCUCGCCACUUCGUCCACUGAUACCACGGUCAAAACCGAAGCGAUCAACAACCCUGCUCCUCAACCAAACUUGGCCUCCACCUCGAAAACUUCAGCGACAACGACGCCAUUUGGGAAAUUUAACCCGGUGGAGAAUAUGCCUAUCACGGCCUCCACCUCCUCCAAAAGCUCAAUGACAACGACGCCAUUCGGGAAAUCCAACCCCAGUUCUACCGGGUUGAAUACGCCUAUCACUACCCCCGCCCAUCACCACCCUCAACAAUUACAGAAACUCCAGACUUCCACCACCACCACCACUUCUUCUUAUCAUCAACCUUGCGGAACCAAAGCCGACACCUUAAGCACGAAACAAAGUGGUCUUGUGACUUCUGAAACCCGACAACCAUCACGAUCAGUGAAAGCUGCCGUUUCCAUUCCUCCUCCACCACACGGCCCUGAACAAGUCUCCUCAGAAACUCUACACGAGGAAGAUUCAUUCAUCAUUAGCUCGGAGGAUGAUAUGUUCUAUGCGAUGGUCGAUCUUGGGGAUGAUGAGGGUGAUGCGGGGAGACCUAUCGAGCAGGGUGAGGAUGAGGAUGAGAGUACGAAUCAGGGAUUAAUGGAGCCUCCUCCUGCCGUGAAUAAAUCAUCGAGCUCAAGGUUUGCUGCGAUCGGGGCUGCCCUUGCUGGGUUACCUGUAUCUUCAGCGUCUUCCUCCUCUGAUGCUUCGAACAUAAACUGGCGGCAGCAACAAGAAGAACGGGAGCAGCAGCAAGCUCAGCGUAUACCGCUGAAACAGGAGCCGUACAUCGGGAAUAUGAACCUCAACGACAAAGGCAGCAGAUCUAAGCCUGCCGACUCCGGUGCUUCGAAUUUGUUCAAACCUUCCCCACCACCACCCUCGUUCUCCGGUCCUGGUGUGGCAUCAAGUACCCCGAAACGAGGGGGGUUCUCGUUCCCAUCUGAAAUCAGGAAUCAAGGCAGACAAAGCUCGAUACCCCCUCAGGUAGGUAUGAAAAGAAGCGCGGAUACCAUGAGGUGGGUUGAGAUUUUUAUCCUGGAUGACAUUUUCAAUCACGAACACAGAUCGACAUCAACGACCAGCAAUUCCUAUUCCAGACGCCCAGCACAAGGCAUGGGACUUAUGUCUGCUUCUGGGAUGGGUUCGGAUGGAGGGAGUGGGGAUGCGAAGAGGAUGAGGAGGUGA